AUAAUCGCAAAAGGGUUUUUAACGAGCGAACCAAUCCAAUUGUAAUGGCUAUUUUGGCUUUUGGGUGUUGUGUGGUGAAAUCAAUCAUUUUAAGAAGACGUGUCCGAUUACAAUUUGACCGAUCGGUUGCGAACCGUCGGAAACCAAAUUCAACUCCGUUCAGAAAGAGUUCUACCGACGGACAUUGAAUCGAGUUUGCAGUCUAGAGAGAGAGAGAGAGAGAGAGAGAGAGAUGAUGGCCAGUUGGCUAUGGAAUCCGCAUCCACAGCUUAGUUUCCAACAACACGAGCCCCAUCUAUUCAGUACUCAAAGUCGUAGGACUCACUUUUCGAAGUCCCUUCAAUAUCAUCACCCUUCUUCCUACAGGUUUCACAGCUCCCGCUCAAGCAGUAAUAAAAUAUAUUGCUACAACUCCGACGAUACCAGCAACAAAGGACCUGAAAAAACAACUGGUAUCCAGGUUUACCGAGAUAUUGAGAGAUUACUGACAGAUAGCGUGAGGCAGUCUCAAGAUCCGUGGGCUGGUUCAAGAGACUGGAGUGAAGUUGAGGGAGCAUGGGUUCUGAAACCAAGAAAAACAAAACCAAGGUCCGUGGUACAUUUUGUCGGUGGUAUAUUUGUUGGUGCUGCCCCUCAGCUUACCUACCGGUUGUUUCUUGAGGGCCUUGCAGAAAAGGGUGUUUUGGUGAUUGCAACACCUUAUGCCAGUGGAUUUGACCACUUCUUCAUUGCAGAUGAAGUGCAGUUAAAAUUUGAUAGGUGUCAUCGCUCUCUGCAGGAAACAGUUCAAGAUCUUCCUACUUUUGGCAUUGGGCAUUCUCUUGGUUCUGUCAUCCACCUUUUGAUUGGCUCGAGGUAUGCUGUGCAGAGAAAUGGAAAUGUACUUAUGGCAUUCAACAGCAAGGAAGCAAGCUCGGCUAUCCCAUUAUUCUCACCAGUUCUGGUCCCAAUGGCGCAAAGUAUUGGACCACUUCUGUCACAGAUUACUUCAUCACCGACGGUGCGCCUUGGGGCAGAGAUGACUAUGAAACAAUUAGAGAACCUUAGCCCUCCCAUAAUGAAGCAGGUUCUUCCUCUUGUUGAACAACUUCCUCCUCUGUACAUGGACUUGGUCAAUGGACGGGAAAAUUUCACUCCAAAGCCGGAAGAAACACGGCGACUAAUAAAGUCAUACUAUGGUGUUUCCCGGAAUCUUCUAAUAAAGUUCAAAGAUGAUAUGAUCGAUGAAACUUCAGCUCUAGCACAGGUGCUCAGUGAUUCCACAAUUAGUUCAAUGCUGGACAUGUCAAUUCGCUCGUUGCCAGGGGAUCAUGGGCUUCCUUUACAACAGGUUCUCCCGGAUGUUCCUCCGGCAAUGGCAGAUGCAGUUAACAGGGGAGGGGAAUUUUUGGCAAAUUUGACUGCUGGGACACCAUGGGAGACUGUUGCCAAAGAAAUGGGUAGCACUUUAGGUGUAGAUUCAAAGAUCCUUCGUGCAGAAAUUUCGAAAGAUGUUGACAUGCUUGUGGAUGUGAUAUCAUCUUGGAUGGAUUCUAAUGCAGGUCCAAAACUUUUAAGGUGAUAAGUUAAAUGAAUCCAUGUUUUUAAUGGUGUGAAAAUUAAGCCGAUAAAGAAGGAACUGAAGAAAUAGGCUUGCCAAUAUGAUCAGUAUGUAUAGCUUUACUCAAAACCACAGGGUGUAUAGAUACUGGCGAGGUAAGGUUAUGCAAGUGUACAAUUAUCCGUGUCAUAUAUGGUUGUAAUUAGCAGCGUUAAAUAUGCCAAAAAGGGUAAAAAAAAAUAUUAUUUCUUUCA